ACCGGUCCGCCUCCACUCCGGCCAUCUUCCGGGCACGCCGCCGCCGCCUCCCCUCCGCAACGGGGCAAUCCUCGGCUAGGGGAUUAUGCUUCGCCUUCGCCUCCAUCCUUGCCCGAGCUUCUCCCCGCCUCCAUCCCACCCCGCCCUUCGCCGCCACCUGGCCGCCUCCCCACUCCGAAAGCUUCCCUUUCCAAUUCCAUCCGCCGUCGCUGCUCUCCGUGCUCGAAAUCCCCUGCUUCGGCUCGCCGUAGACCGAGCGGUCUCCGGAGAGCGACGGCUGGGCGUGGAUGAGGAGGACCUGGGCGAGGCACUCGCCAAGACACGGCAACUCGUGGAGUGCGCCAUGUUCGCAUCAGUUGCUGGCCUCGCCUACUUCCUAAGCAACUCCCUCGCCAUCGAGAAUUACUUUAGUUGCUUUUUUCCAUUGCCAAUAGUCAUCUCCUCCUUGAGAUGGGGACUAGCAGCUGGCAGGAAAACUAUGGUGGCCACUGUUUUACUGCUAUUCACAUUGUCUGGCCCUGUAAAAGCGUCAACUUAUCUGCUUAUGCAUGGAGUAGUUGGUCUGGCCAUGGGUACUAUGUGGAGGUUGGAGACCAAUUGGAUUGUUUCUAUUAUACUUUGCUCAAUUAUCCGUGCUAUGGGAGCUUGCGGAUAUGUUUUAGUGUCAUCGUUCCUGAUAAGAGAAAAUAUUCUUCAAUUGAUAACCGUUAACAUACAUGCCUCGUUGACGUUCAUUCUGGCGGCGGCUGGUGUUAACGCAAUUCCUUCCAUGGAUGCAAUAUAUGUAAUCUUUGGGACACUGCUUCUACUUAACUGCGCGUUCUUUGUCUUCAUACUGCAUAUAAUUUACACAAUCUUCCUGACUAAGCUUGGAAUCAAGCCUUCAGUGAGACUUCCAAGAUGGCUGGACAAAGCAAUUUUGAGUUGAUAGGUAGAGUGCCACUAUACUAAUUCGUAGAUGCAAAUUUGCAACCUGACUGAACCUGAAGCAUUUCAGUACACUUGCUUUCUCAUAACCACAACAAGUCUGUGCUGCUGUCAUGGCCUUAUAAAAUGGACAUUCCUGUUUGGUUUCCUAGUACGUUGUUCUUAUUGUACAUUUAUGCUAAACUAAAUCUGUAGCACUGUAAUACAUGUAUGUUAUUUUUCUUUGUUGAUGAUUAUUCAGAGUUGGUGAAACUGACU